AUGUCAGCUGCAGAUUUGGAAUUGAGAAGGACUUUGACGGAUGUGGUUGAUGACGAGUUGAGGAUCCACAAUACGAACCCGAUGUCUUUAGAUAUGGGGUUCGGUGAAACGCACUACGAUUCGUUUCCGCAACUCACGAGGUCACAGGUGCAUUCAUUCUAUACCGGGCCCAAUUUUUCGUCGGGACACUCGCAACACCAGUAUAAUAUGGGCCAGCUCAUGGGUCAUGAUCUGCAUUUGUCUGAUGAUGAUACUGCAAGUGGGGUGUUCAACAAGUACGCUGAUCCCAAUUUGACCACUUUAGAUAAGAAAAGCGGAUGUGCUGUACCUGCCACUGGUCCUGGUCCAACCGCAACUACGGGCCCAGCUGCCAUUGUGAAACAGGUUAAUUUGAAUUUAACUCCAGUGCAGCCAACGAUUUCACUUAAUACGAUUACUCCAAAUCCUUUCUUACAGUCUUCGGCAAGAUUCCCAAAUGCCCAACAGAUUCCUCAGAAUAAUCCAAACAACCACCAUAAUGGUAUGUCGAAUGGAAGGUUGAACAGCGUCCGUGGGUUUAACUUCCAAACGAGAAUUAACAACGAAAACGGAUUCGAAGAUGAGUUUUUGAAUGAGGGUUAUGGUGAUUUCAAUAACAUGUACGAAGAGGAUGAGAAAUUGACCGCUCAGGCUACGUUAUGGGAUGACCAAAACAUGGCGGGGUAUUAUUGGACAAAUGAUCAGGAUACCCUGUCUCGUUUUGACCAAGAAUUCAACUUCGAUGAUGAUCUUUCGGAUGAAGAAGAAGAAGAAGAAGAGGAGGAGGAGAGGGAGUAUGAGGAAAAUGCAGACGGAGGAAAAAACAACACAGAAUUAACAGACAAGAUUCUGAAUGACUUACAGGACGAUUUCUCUGACAGUGAGGAGGUUUCUACCAAAUCGAAUGAGGAGUCGUUAUACAUGGAUACCCAACAACGAUUGAACGAAAACCAACAGAGGGAUUUAUCGCAGGUAACUGUUCCUCGCAUAGAGUCAAUCAAGAGUUCUGUACUCGAAGAAAAUGAAAAAUUAGAAGAAGAAGAGGAAGAAGGUGAUGAUGAGGGUGACGCUAUGUUCAGCGAGGACGAUGAGGAUCCUUUAUACGAACCUGCUCUGGUGAGUCCCAGAAGAAAACCAAGUAUGGUUAUAUCUCAACAGAAUUCUAACAAACAAAGACAACUUCUCACCAUAAAUACUCGGAAAUCGCAUGAGGUCAGUGAUAAUAAACUGGAUCCAAAAUCAACGAACACGACAGGGUCUCGUACCAUGACUAGAAAUAGAGGUAAUCAUCAACGUGGUAAAUCUGUGGAUGCCCUACUAAGCGUCGACCGUUCGUAUGGAUCCUCAAAUACACACACACACAUUCAUCAUUCCCACAACCAGAACGAUGAGCAUAUCUGCAUGGUGAACAACCCAGUCACUAACGAACCAUGUAUGAAGAAGUUUUCAAGACCGUAUGAUUUAAUCAGACACCAAAAAACUAUCCAUGCUUCUAAGAAGAAAAUAUUCAGGUGUUUGAUCUGCAUUCAAGAACUGGGAUCUGAAGGCUAUCAGAGAACCUUUUCGAGAAAUGAUGCCCUAAGUAGGCAUGUUAAAGUCAAGCAUAAUCUACAAGGUACCGAAGCACAGCGUGUGAUACAAUACGCAAAGGACAACGUUGAAUAUCAGAACUCUUAA